AUGCCUGCAAUGCCACGGUCCCCAGUACCAUUGACCCUGUCGGAACUGCUGCCGCCCAGCGCCUCUGCCACGGAGACCAGUGCCGUGUCCUGGCGUGUCAUCAACCCAAGUGCAAAGUUCAAGGCCAGCUGCGGCUUCCCGCUCGUGUCGCCUCAGCUCAGCACACCGCUGCUGGACGACUUCCGAGUGAUCUUUGCGCCAGGGUCAGCAUGGGCGACACAAUCCAAAGGAGCCAAGAAGAAGGAGAUGGCGUGCAACAAGGCAGCGCCUUUGUACGGCUCACUGCAGAUCAAGUUCCUUUCGGAUGAUCCUGUUAUCCGGGAUCUCAAGCUGUUCUUCACGAUCGGCUCUAUGCGACUUGGCCCUUUCCGUACGACUCCCGAGCGAAGCACGUCAGAGCUUUGCGAGCUGCCUGUGGACUGGCGUAGGUUGGUGGACAAGGCGGACACAUCGUUUGCCGUUACGGUGGAGAUGGAGUGA